AACCAAUGGUAUUGGAUCCUACUCUUCCUAACUAAAAAUUCAUCAAGGACUAAGCCAAGAUGAAUAUUUGUCUUGAUGAACUAAUUUUCAUGGAGGUUUUAACAUAUAAUCAGGUUUGCAAAUUUCUAUAUAACUUGUUUCUGUAGAAUGGUAAAUUCAUCAAGGACAGAAACAACUGUAAAAUGUACCACGUAUACUUCUUCUCCAGUGGCAUAUUUGCCAACAAAAUCUUUCAGCGUUGCAAUAUUAAGUCAAUGUUUUGCAAACUUCAAUUAUUAAUUAGAUGUUGCAUGUAUAUAAUAUGAAACUAUGGCUUCAAGAGCCCCAGCCCAUACACAACCACGCAUACACAAAUGAAACCAUCAUGGUUCUGCAUUGCAAUGUUAAGAAUUAGACAAAAGAUGACAACAUUUAAAAUAAAACAACAGAAGAAAUAAUAAGGAUAUAAAGGAGCAAUUAAUCUGAUCACAAACAAGAACACAUACCAAGGAAACCUUUUUCUAUAUUAGUUGGAGUAACCAGAAGUUGUUCUUGUGGGCUAACCUUUUCCUCAAGAUAUUUCUAGGGAAAAUGGAGGGUAACACAUUGGAUUCGAGUUUAAAUACAUCAGCAACAAUGAAUCUAUACAUAACAGAAUAUACCAGAAUUGACAGCAUAUGAAGAGGCUGUUUGCUAGAGCUGAAAAUGCUGGCAACCUGUGAUGAAUAAGCCUAAAACCUAAACGGAAAAGGGCAUAGGUUAAUAUAAGCCAUAAAGAUGAAUAUUGAAAAGCAGUUAGCGAACAAAAGACUGACUAAGAACUUGUGUGCACAGCUUAUUUACAGGCUUCUCUUUCUUCUAGCUGCCCGGGGUCAGUAGGUUUUGCCAAAUUACAUAAUGGUCCCUUAGGAUUUUAAUUUUUUUCCCACUCAAAUGAACAUUGUUACGUCAUUCAGGUUAGGCCAGUGCAAGGUAAAACCUCAAAAUACUAGCCCACGCCUGAACCUAAAAUUUUUACCAGGCCCAAUAACUUUUAUCAAAGCAGCCCGCUAUACCAUGGAGUGUAUGAUAGAAACGGCGUCGUUGAAUAGCAAGGUCAGUGGCGUUCUGGCUGCAGCUGCUCCAUAAAAAUGCUAAACUAGCCGUCUAGCAACCAGGAAGCCAGUGAACGAGCGACCCAGACAGAGACAGUAAGGGAUGGCAUCAAUGGCUUCACCAAGCAUUUACUCUUACUACCGCAACAAAUACAAAAACAAAGCUCACACCCACAAAAUCUCCACUGUUCCACGAAUCGUUCUUUCUCAAUCCCAGCAGCCCGACGAUAAACCCGACCACCAAAUUCCUAGAAGGGAGAUAAUAUUGAGGAGCAGCGAAUUAGCUGUUAUUGGGGCCAUCUUCAGUUUCAGUGGGAAGAAGCCAGAAUAUCUGGGAGUGCAGAAAAAUCAGCCUGCUCUUGCGCUUUGCCCUGCUACCAAGAAUUGUAUAUCAACUUCUGAGAAUGUCAGCGAUCCCAUCCACUACGCUCCUCCAUGGAACUACAACGGAGGGCGUAAUAGGAAAAAGCCUGUGACUCGAGAAGUGGCAAUGGAAGAGCUUCUUCAAGUGAUAAAAUCAACGAAACCAGACAAAUAUACUCCCAAAAUUGUGGAGAUGAAAGACGAUUAUGUGCUUGUGGAAUAUGAAAGUCCUAUAUUAGGGUUUGUGGAUGAUGUCGAGUUCUGGUUUCCACCGGGUAAGAAUUCUAUCGUGGAGUACCGAUCAGCAUCAAGGAUUGGAAACUUCGAUUUUGAUGUCAACAGGAAAAGAAUCAAGGCAUUGCGACUGGGGUUAGAAAAGAAAGGAUGGGCAUCUGAGGAAACGUUUUGAAGGGCCUCCAUGUUUAUUUAACCGAUCAGGGAAAACAACAUUGUACUCUUCGAUUUUUGUUUCACAGGACAGAUUACUCAUCACAGGAUUGACCCGUGGAAUAGCAGAGUCUGAAGCUUUUGUAAUAAAUCAUAGAUGCAAGAUUUAUUUCAUUUUUGUUUGCAUAAUAUAAAGAGAUCUCACACUGUAUCAACAGACCAAUUGCAUUACUGUGCUCUUGCAACAAUUGGGUUUUGGACAGCAUUUCAUUAUCAAUUUGCCAAACAUAAUCAAAAGAGUCAUGCUUCAUGCCAUUGCCAUCCAUGAAA